GUUCUCAGUGUAACUUCUCCUCCCAGUGGUGAAUGUGUUUAGGAUUCAUUUCUAAUGGGCUGAGCAGCGGUAACACCGAGAGGAAUAGGAGUCUCCUCCCGGAGCAGCGUUGAGACCCGCUAGCUGGGCAGCACGGAGCCCCUCCAGGCUCUUUAUCUUGCUUCCUGCUUGAAUUAGCAGAAAACAUGGGCAGUGGCAUGAUCGAUAUCUGAGCAUUCAUUGGAAGAAGACUAAAAUAUGAACGUAUGUGGACACCUUAGGACGCUGCAUGUUGUACUUCGCCAUUUCAACAUCAUGGAAAUAUCUGUGUAGGGCAGAACAGGCCCUAUUAACAUUCAUGCCACUGAAGCAUAGCAGGGUUUUCCUGACAGAAGAUAAAGCCAACUCAGUCUUAAAACGAUCUCCUAGAGCAAACAGUUUUUUCGAGGAGAUUAAACAAGGGAACAUUGAGCGAGAAUGCAAAGAAGAAUUGUGCACUUAUGAAGAAGCAAGAGAAGCCUUUGAAAAUGAUGAGAAAACUAAUGAAUUCUGGAAAGAAUACACUCAAGGACAACAAGGAGAUCUGAAUGCAGGAAACAACUGGUACCCGUUUUACCUUGCUUUUCCUCUGAUCAUCGUGUUUUUCAUCAUCCUUUUAGUCAUUUUACUUGUGUGGAAAUGCGUAUUCAAAAAGAAGGCACGCAGACAGACUGCUUAUGCUCCUCGCGGGAUUCGAGAAAAUGCUACAGAAGUGGCGAUUGACCCCGAUGGAUUUGGUAUUUCACCUCAACAUGGCACUGUUCUAUACCCCAUGGAAGUUGCAUUUGAUAGGGGCAGGCUCCACAGUGGAUACGAAUAUGAUGUGCAUUCUGACACACUUUCAGCUGGGCUAUCGAACUGCGAUCCUCCCCCCUCUUACGAGGAAGCCACAGGGGAGCGAGGUGUCCGAGUAAAUGAACCCCCACCAAAUCCCACAGAUCCGCCGCCUGAGUAUGAUGAAAUAGUCACCUCAGCUGCAGCUAACACAGUACCUCACGGAGCUACCAGCACUAAAUAACACAAACUGAAGGAUUGCUAUGUAUAUUGUUUUGUAAUUCUUUUUAUUGCAGAUGAAAUAUUUUAAGCACAACGUUGAAGCUGCAUAGCCUUUGCCUUUGGACAACUUUCACCUCUUGACUUUUCCACCUUCUUUACAGUAACACUCCCACUUUCAUGACUAUAACUGAAUUGUGAAUUCUUUGCACAAGAAAACUAUUAGCUCUGUCUGGGCUUUAUGGAAUUGUAUUAUAAGGAGACAUUUAUCUAUACAUACUUACCUGAGGCUGAGAAAACUUAGCUUAGUUACACCAGCAAAUUUACUGGGUAACUUUCCCUUGAUUCUUUGCAAUAACUCUACCAUUUUUAGAUGGUGCUGACAUGCUGACAUAACACUAUAACCACUAUUAACCAGUGUGCAUUUUGAAUGAAGACGUAAUAAAGUAUGUAUUUUUUUUCUUAAUUGUAAUAUGUGCCUAAUUUCUCAUAUCAUCUAAGAAUGUCAACAAUGCCAUGAAAUUGAAAUGAGUAAUAAGCAAUACACUGUUUUCUCUAUGAUUGAACUGAAUAAAGACAUACUUGAAAUGUUCUAUCUUA